UGUGACACAGUCGCAGGCUGAGGCAGUACAGGGAACAGAAACAACAUCUGAACUGAGCUAACUGAAUACUCAGAGCUUUGCAAGAGACGCAGUGUUGUGCAGAGAGGGACAUUUGGAGUGAAAAGGACAGAUAGAAAUAAACUGAGAAGUGACGGCAGCAUUACUCAGAAUCUGAAAGAAAAAGAACACAAAUACCACUCUGCCACGUAACCAUGGAGACUAGCCAGCUAUCGGAAAUGGCAACUGAAAGUGACUGUAAAAUGGAUUCUGUAGAAACAGAAAAGCUUGAAAAAAAAAACCUGUAUAGAGAAAGCAAAGAUGUUAGUUUCCACGCAGGAAUAAAGAAAACCAUCGAAGAAACAGAAGUUGAAACCGCAACAGAAGAACACAAAAGCAGGAAAAUAACAGAAAUGACCCUUCAAGAGGAGGCUUUGCAUGCAGACGUGGAUUUAGAAGAGCUUCAUCAAAUAGAGUCUGUCGCUUUCUCAGUGUGUGACACCACUUCCAGUGCUGGCAGCAUUUGUGAAACUGAAAUCAGACACACAGAACAAGAACCAGGUCAUCAAGGCCAGUUAGAUAACAUUAUGACAGUAUCUUCAGAUUGUCAUGUUAAGGAAGUAAAGGAACCUGUGGAGCAGAGCACCAUCCUGGAAAAUGAUUUGUUUGAAGAAAUGGAGGACUCAGAUUUAGAGCACAGUAUAAAAGAGGAAGCACUUUCUGAUGUGUCUACUGAAGAAGUCGAAGCCUCUGAACUAAUUGCCAGUUUACAGGAAGAAAUAGCUGCUGUGUCUUCAGACAGCGAGAUUGAUGACAAAUGGAGGAGCAUUUUCACUUCUACUGUUAAUAAAGAAAAUGAGGAUUUGUUCUUAGGCACAAAUAUCCAGGUGAAAACUACAGAAGAAUCUGUUGAGGAGCCAGAGAGUGAUGGACCAAGCCCAGAGGAAAUAAAUGAAGAGACUCAGAGAGAAGCCCCAACCACUGAGAAAAACAAUGUAAAUGUUGACAAUGAGUUUGAAGGCAAAAGUGAACAUGUUUUUCAAACAGAGGAAGAUUUAACCGAUUCUUCUUCACUGUUAGACCUUCACCAGGAUGAGCUAUCUGAGGACAACACUAUAAAAGUCAAGGAAGACCCAAGCAAAACCUUAAAGCAAAAUCCACACCCAUCACACACCAAUUCACAUGAUCCUACCAAGAAGAUUCCCAAAGACUACUGUGUAAUUGAAGAGUCACAAAAUGAAAACGUAGACAUGGAACAUGUUGAUUUUAUAGUUGCACGUAAACAGUGGUUGAAGAUGGAGGAGUUGACAAAAUGCCAGAGCUGCAAUUCUCCAGUCAAGCAGAGUAAGUGCCAGGCAGGUCAUAGCUUCAUGCACACUCCUGUUAGAAACAUUGAAAAACCAGUGACAGGUCAAGAGAACAGAGAGGCACACAAACGACAAGUAAAAGAUGUGGGGGUAGGAAGUUUUGAUAUAAUGAUGGGUGAGACUUUAGGGAAAAAUGACCACCAGCAAACUCUCUUCAGUCCUUCCUCGGAAGAUUCUGGUUUGGAUGAUUCCAGUUGCAGAUCUACCUAUGAUGAUACAAGUUUAACAGCCACUGACACACUGGUGUCUCCAAAAUCAAAUCAAGAAACUCCAAUUGAAAAGGAGAUCCGGCAGGCUAUAGAGAGGGAAGUGAAUUUAAGGCGUGAAAGGGGGAUUUCACAGCCAGUUGUCUCAAACGAAUAUGUGGAGAUCAAAACCAAACCUUCCCUUCUCCACCAAGGAUCUGAUAGUCCUAAAGGAACAACUAAGCAAUGUGCUGAGCUGCAGAUGCAGAGAGAGAUUUUACUGGAGUGCAGUAGAGAACAUGACCCUGUUCAGCAAGGAAAGGUCUGGGACAAGUACGACAGAGGACUGUCCCAGGAAAUAGAUGAGAAAAGGAAGAUAAAUCAAACACAAGAUCAGUGUAAAAUGCAGAGGUCACUGUCACGUGGGCCUCUAUAUCAUGAGUUGUCUGCAGAAAACGUUAUUAUACUGGAGCAUGACUCCUUUCUCUCCCCUGCAAGACAGUGUGGAAAAGAUCACCCCGUUUCUCCUGUACGCAAGAAACAAAAUGAGUGGCCCCCAGAGACAGCAAGUGUGAUCAUACUAGAAACAUCAAACCUGAUCAUACGCAGUGCAUCCGAGUUUUGUCUAUCUGCUGCACAAGACAGCCAAGAAAAUACUAUUCACAGCAACCCUUUCUUCAAGCUACGUUCCAGGAGUUCUCUGUCUCUAGUCGACCAGGAGAUUAAAAUAGCGACACAGAGAGAAGAAGAAUUGCAAAGACAAAGGGCCAGUCUUUAUUCAAAUGAGAAGACCGGAUACAGCACUGCACUGGCAUCUCCAAACUUACUGGACCCCUUCUCGUUUGAUAAAGCAGAAAUGCCUUUGAGAUGUAGAUCCUCCCCUUCGUCACCUAUGAAAUCUUCAUUUAAAAACAUGGACCAAUCACCUCUGAGGUGUGAUCGUAAGUUUCUGGAGGCUGCAGCAGGGUCUCGUCGCAAGAGUGAAAUGGCACUUCGUUGGGAGGCUGGGAUAUUUACCAACAAUGAGUAAGAAGAAAAUGUGCAGGAAAAACAACCCUUGUUAAGGGUUUAAGAAUAUCUCAUUUAAACUUUUCUCAAGAAAAAAAAAUACAUAGUUAAAAGUUGCUUUUGUAGUUUUAUGAUAUGCAUAAUGCUGUCUUAGCCAGAACGUAUUAUUUAAGUACUGUAGUUGUUUUGUAAUUCGUACAUGUGCCAAGAAGCUUUUGUGUCAUUGUUGUUAUUUAUAUAUAUAUAUAUAUAUAUAUAUAUAUAUAUAUAUAUAUAUA